AUGGUUGAGCUCACAGUCGGCUAUGUAUCUGGUAUCAUCGCAGCUGGUAUCUUCGUAGGCAAAUUGGACCCUGAGUGGAACAUCACUAUCCCAUGGAAUCUCACAUAUGCCUUUGCCAGCGGGCUAUCAGAAUUGUCGCCCACCGUCUCAAGCAUCUGGGAUAUAGAGUGGCGUAACUAUGAGCUGACACGGAGGGAAAACUACAACAAAGGAUCGCUGUAUGCGGUUGGCUCAUAUCGCCAGGUUGAGAACAGGAUCCUUAGCGACCGCAUUGAAGUAGCUGAAGGGGUCAUAAUGGACACCAAGAAUGGAGGCAUUGGAUUCCGCAACCACACAUUACCUCCCCAGUCCCAUCAUGGAAGCACCUGGACAGAAGACUUACUGUUCGUCUUGCCUCAGACUAGUUGCGUCAACCUCAACCUCACUCUGGAUUUUAAGUGGCAAUCGUUUCCCGUGAAUGUCACCGUAACCGACCGUGGGGGGUUCGUCAACCUACGUCACCAGCAACCGGAGCAUUCGAUAGUGCAAACGCAGCAUAACUUCGACCUGCAUAACAAGGCAUACACGGGUGCAUGGCUAACGAAUGCCAUGGGCAUGGUUUAUCUCAAUGUCACCAAUCCGAGCAGCCACGGCUAUGCUCAGUCUUUCGAGUACGUGAACUCGGCGGUAGGGAAGUCAUUCCCUAUACUCAACAAAGGGACCGGAGUGUCCUGGGGCCCAGAUGGCAUCUCGACGUCCACCAUGUGGGGAGACUUCUUCAACAUACCCGACCCUGGGUAUAAUGCUUCUGGACGGGCGUGGGACAUUGCCAGCGUGCGGUAUCCAAAUCCCUUCAAUAUCACCACAAAGAACUUCACCAAUAUUGGUACAGAUGCUAUCUGCGGCCUUCGGAGCAUUCGCUAA